GCACACUGUACAAGUACCUACCGACGGACACCCCGACCUCUCAUACACAUAGUCACUCGUCAUGCAGCUCCAGAAAGUGCAACAGCUCCCUCUCACUCUUCGGCAAUAAUGGCAGGCCCAGCGAGCCAUCACAGCGCAUAAGAUCCCCGGCCAGCUCGAGCGCACCGACAUUCUCCGUCCUCUGUUCCUCCCUCGCCUUGAGCAGCUCCGCCCCAUCACUGCCCACCGGCCUACUUGACGCAACGUCCACCUGAGCGUCAACAAAGCGACCACUCUCCAGCAUCUCCCGUACAGUCGCGUCGGGUAGCCUUCCACACUCUUGCAAAGCACCGGCGAACAUGUCGGCACGACCCGCUCGUCCUGGAUCCGUCACAAUGACUCUCAUCCGUUUCGACAGCGCCUCAGCCACCCUCCUGCCCACGUGACGGGCUACUUUCUGGUCGUAUAGCACAUCGGCGGCGACCAGAACAUCAGCAUCGGGAAGUGGAUAGGAGGCCGUGACGUCGAACAGCAUCACGUCGAGAGUGCCUUGCCCCUCGUGUGUCGGCUGCAGCUCGGCCGCUCGUCUAAUCAGGUCCAAACCGGGCGGGAAGAUGUCGGUCGCCAUAGCAUCAGCUCCCAUCCUCAUCGCCGCCAGCGAGGCGAUUCCUGUCCCCGACCCCAGCUCGAGCACUCGCAGGCCAUGCAGCCCUCCUGCCCUGCCUCUUCCCAUUUGAUAAAGGAUGCGCGCGGCGAUGAGUCCGGAUGGCCACACAGUGGAGCCGUAGAUGUCCGAGAUGCUGAAUGCUUCUGCAUAGGUGACCAAGUGGUCCAGAUCAGCCAUCUCGAGCACGGGCACGAUGAGAGCAGGAUGAACAGUGAUGUUGACGACAGAGGCGGCCGGGGCGGCAUCAGCUCGAUGUGGCAUUGACAUUGUGCCGCUUGCACGCAACGAGGCGCGCCGAGAGCGUCCGCUUUGGAGGGGAGGAGAGGCGAUGAGUGACGCACUUGGAUAAGCAAUGACGUAGACCUCCACAGUCAGCAUCCACAAGCUCACCAUGCGCAUCGUUGUUGCAGAUCCUGCACAGCAGGAGCGCACCGGAUCAGAUAGAUUCACGUAGAUGCCCACAAAGAGCUUCGAAAAGGUCAUCG